UUCUCAGUGACAGUCAGCCUCUAAUAUCAGCUGUGUCGGGAGGUGAACUUAGUCAGUCAGUGUGGUGAGCGAGUAAACUGUCAGUGUGUGUUACAUUGGGGGUUCUUUGGUGCUAGUACGUGUGUCGUGUGUCCAUAAAUAUUAGGGUUAUGUUAUUUUCGCUAAGUUUUUAUUAAAUAUACAUCUUGUUCGUCCACGUAAGAACCUAACCUAUUGCAUCAUCUAUUAAAAACAACAGGAACUUUAUACAACUAACAAGAAAUGAUGUAUGGAAAGGCACUACUGAAGCCCACGCGAAUGGCCAGGGGCAUUUCCGAUCGGUACUUUCCCAACCUCAGAUCAUGUUCCAGAUCGUCCGAGAUGUGAUGUCGGAAAAGUCAUAGUUCCAACCCAAGGGUUUUCUUUUCUUGUGACCAUAACCUGUCGAUCUGAUCUGAUUCACUGGUGGUUUUCUCCAUGACCAAGAAUCAGGAAAUAAUAAUGUGUCCACUGUGGCCUUUCCAUAUUGUGUUCAUGUACCUGCUGAUGCUGAUACCAAUUUGGAUGGUAUCAUGUCAGGUGGUAAAGCAAGCAGCCUGGGCGGUGGACUUCUAUCCUGAUAAACUUGUCGGGUUGCCCAUGUACGAGCAGGCGGAGGUGAACUUCACCACUCGGGACUUCUCUGCGGCGGAGGUGCAGGCAGGCAGAGUCCUGUUUGUGUCUGACCAGCCACAGAUCGCUCAACCGCAGACAUCCGCGGUGAUACUGCGCACACAGAAUAUUUCAGACGAUACUUGGGCUGGCUCGUUUCAGGUGAUGGCCAACUUCAUAGGAUAUGCCGAGGUCAAAAUGGUACUGGAAAGUGAGGGUGAGAGCCGAGUGUCGAAACCAGUGAAGGUGACUGUGGCUCGCAAGCAGCAGACCAUAGACAAGGUCUUUAUCACCAGUGUCAUCAUUCUGAUGUCCAUCAUAUUCGUCAACUUUGGUUGUGCCCUGGACUGGUCCUUCUUGCGCAAGUCUCUUGCGAAACCCGUCGGCCCUGCCAUCGGUCUGUUCACACAGUUCAUUAUCAUGCCAUUGCUGUCUUACGUGAUUGGACUGUGGCUGUUCUACGAUUCUGUGCCGAUGAGGCUUGGGUUCUUCUUCACAGGCAUCUCUCCGGCCGGCGGCGCCUCCAACAUCUGGACGGUGACCCUCGGUGGCAACCUUAAUCUCAGCAUCACUAUGACAGCCAUCAGCACCUUGACCUCCUUUCUUAUGAUUCCACUGUGGUCGUUUACACUGGGAACAGAGAUCUUCAGCAGCGGGGAGAUGGUGGUGCCAUAUAUGCGCAUCGCAUCGUCUGCCGUUGCCAUGGUGGUACCUCUGCUUUUGGGCUAUGCGAUACAACGAUGGUUUCCUGCUCUCUGCAAGGUCCUCGUGCGUAUCCUCAAGUCCUUCUCCAUCAUACUGAUCCUGUCCAUCAUCAUCUUUGCCACAAUCACCAACUGGUACCUGUUCCGGCUGUUCACUUGGCAGAUCAUGUUGGGUGGCAUGCUGUUACCCUUAUUGGGCUACAUACUCGGAGCUCUGUUAGCGUGGACGCUGAGACAACCUCCUGCCGAUGUGCUAGCCAUCUCCAUCGAGACAGGCAUACAGAACACUGGCAUUGCUAUCUUCAUGCUCCAGUUCUGUCUCGGACAGCCUGAGGCUGAUUUAACAACUGUGGUACCAGUGGCAGUGGCAGUCAUGUCACCAGUGCCCCUACUGACGCUGUAUACUCUGCAGCGAUUGGUCGGUUGCUUCAGCCCACAGACCUCCAAGUCUCUGUUGCACACGCCCAUCGACGAGUUUACCAGUGUCCCCUCUCUCGCCGAGAACGUGCCAUAACAUGCCAACCAUGACUGUGGCCUAAUUUGUAGCAGAUCUGUAGCAUUAUUAGGUAUAGCAGAGUCUUUAUUUAAGAAGUAAAGUAUUUGAUUUUAAGCUUUAUGGCUGUGUUAUAAGUUACUACGAUGUGACGUACAGGUUGUUUGUUUUAAUUGUCUUUUCACAUUGUGAAAUAAAACCUUAAACAAGUUUAAAUAAUAUGAAAUUAAAGCAGUUUAUUUCAUAAAUGAAACUUCUUUAGUUUGUUCAGUUUCUUUUUUUCUGGUAAUCGUGAUUUACCAAUUUAUUAAUUUGUGUACUUGAAAUAUUUUAUGUUUUAAGACAGAUUUUUUAGCUUCUUGGCAAGCAUAUUUUCGUUUAUAUUAUGUUUUUGAAAACAUAUUACAUUAUCAUUGUUACUGAUAUAUAAUUUGGCAAUAAACAGCUGUUUUCAGCAGAAGUCUUAACUAGUUUCAGCCUUCAGUGCUCAAACCCCAAAAAGGAAACAAAAGUUCCAGUUUUGUUUAGAUGGAUUAAUUGGUUUAUUGACAUAUAGUAGGUUAGCAACUGUUUUUCCUUAUCAGCUCUUUUAUUUAUAUUCAUAUUUGUGUUAAUUUUAUGAUGUACGCAGGUAAAAAUAUUUUUUUGGAUAGAAAUUCUAUGAUUAUCAGUUUUUGGGAAUCUAGAAAUGAAAAUAAAUUGAUUAGUCCUUUUUAUAGAGUACAUUUUUUAAUUAAAUAACAGUAUUUUUGUUUGUUUGGUUGUAGUAAUAAUUGAAAAGUAAAUGAAUGUCAAAAGAGACGGGUAGGUUUGGGUUUUUUAGUUAGGUCAGGUUACAUUAUCUACAGGUUAGGAGUUUUGUUACAGCUCAAAGUUCAUCACCACUGUUCACUAGUUUUCCUUAUUAUGAGCGAUCUUGCCUGUUUUCUGAUAAAAUGAAAUGUUAUGAAUUGUAAAAAAUAAUUAUCUAACAUUUGUACAAAAUUAUAAGAAUAAGAAUUUUAUAAUUCUUUGUUACAAAUAUAAUUGAAAAAGAAGUAUGACCAAUUGAGUAACUAUAACGCCAAUUAAUAGGCAUUUAAAAAAUAAGAAAAGCCCAUUAACUUUGGGAAUUGUACUUUUUGCACACUUUUACCUCUAAAGUUUCAUUGUUCAACAAAUAGGAUUGGAGUUAGGGUUAUAUACCAUUUUUUGUACUUUGUUUUGAGUUGUAUUUGAAAUUUUGAAUAAUUAUUAUGUUUAGUAUAAAAACCAAUAUUUAUUAUUAGAAUUCUUUAUAGCUACGAAUCUUGUUCAAGAUAAAUUGAAUUCACAAUUUGUACUAUUUUAAUAUUCAAAAGUGUAAUUCAUUUUAAUAAUUUAUUUAACAACUGACAAGUUUAUUAUAUAUUUAUAUUUUACCACAGCAAAUAGGUAUCAAGACUUUCUUAUUUUGGACUUAAUAAACAACUAUUUAGUUUAAAAACAUAAUAAAACUUUCCUUAGAAGUUGAUUGAAUCCAAUUAAUUUGUCUAUUGUUAAUGUAAUCUUUAUAACCAUUUUUAAAGGAGAAAUUUAUAUUGUUAAUAAGUGAACUAUGUGCUAAUUAUACAUGGUGUUGAGUCACAUUAUGAUAGGCCUACUUCUAAUUCCUGAAUUGACUUACUGUCAUACAUCUGUUUUAUUAGAAUUUUGGUAGUUGGAUCAAAUAAAACACAAAUUUUGUACAGUUUUUAAAUAAAUUAAUCUUGUAAUCAACAAAGAGAAUAUUCAACCUUUACUCAAAUCUGAUUAAAAUAAAAAUUUAAAAACCUGCUCUCUCUCAAUAAUAAAAUGAAAUAUUAUUCAUUAUAUUGAUUUAUGUUUAUAUGUGCCAUUUGGUUAAAUUGUUAUACAUGCCAUUCACAUUUCUGUCCAUCAAAAACCGGCCUAAUCACAAGAAUGGUGUUUAAAAUGAAGAUAUUUGUGUUAUUUCAUUGUACUAGUUUUGAAAAAAAAAUAAACACAGAAAUGUAACAAAACAAUCACACUGAAUUAGUCGUGGUGUUCCAUCAUCCAGUUUUUUUAUAUGUCAAGUGUGGUGAAGUAUUAUGGAUCUGUGAUCCCCAAUAGCUAUAUGCAAUAGGUACAAAAUAUGCUGUUUGUCUUAAGUACAAAAUACUAUCCGAGCCAUCAACUUUAGCUUUAGCAGAAAUUUAACCCUUUCAGUGCCGCAGUAUUACACUCACAUAGGUUGUGCAAAAUUGUUUUAUAAAACAAUCGGUACUACAGCUACAUUUUGUUUAUUAUUUAAAUUUACUGAUGUUCCCGAGAGUUAAAAUUUUGUUCCACGGACGUUCCAAAUUAUAUUAUAUGUAAUGUUUUUUUGUUUGGUAUACUAGUUCACAUGAAUGUGACACUAACCAUUUGUAUUUUUCAUCCCAAAAUAUAAAAUAGUUUACAACUAUUUUAUAAUGAUCUAUGAUCAAAUGUUAAACUACCUUUUUGUUGCUAAAAGAUGUUAUAAUGAACGUUAUACAAUGUUUGCAAUAACAAACCUAAGGUUUAACCUAUUUUCAGUAGAUUUAUUUAUUUAUUGUUGAAGUCCUAAGUAUUUUACAAUCAUUGUUUAUUCUUAAUGAUUUGUAUAAAUAUUAUAUUGAAGAAAUUUUUGUUUAAUCACUAUGACGUCUAAGUUUAGUACAGCUAUUGAUCGCUCAAUGUGAACAUCAUAAUGUAAAAUUACACUCUUGAUAAUAAUUUUUCAUUUUGUAAGUGAAUUAAAUUUUCAAUAGAAUUUUAUGUUUAAUUUAUCAGUUAUUUAUUCUUUAAAAAAAAUGCCCGAAAAUCGGGGAGAAGGGAAUUAAUUAUAUUAGGCAAAACAGUUAUCUAAAUUGUGGAAUUGUUAAAACAUAUUUAAAAUAGAAUUUUUAUUUUCACUAUUACACAACAAAACAAAAUUAUGAAGAAACCUUUACUAUUAUUCACAAACAAACUGUUCUACACAUUUUUUAAACACUUACGCAUUUAGAUGAAACUGCUUGCCAUAUAACAUGUGGAAUAUCUGCAGUACAGAAAGAGUUAAAUGUAGUUAUCUUCCAUGUUACAAGUACAUAAUACAUUUAUGUAUCCCACAUAACAUGACAUGUGGAAUAUCUGCAGUACAGAAAGGGUUAAAUGUAGUUAUCUUCCAUGUUACAAGUACAUAAUACAUUUAUGUAUCCCACAUAACAUGACAUGUGGAAUAUCUGCAGUACAGAAAGGGUUAAAUGUAGUUAUCUUCCAUGUUACAAGUACAUAAUACAUUUAUGUAUUCCACAUAACAUGACAUGUGGAAUAUCUGCAGUACAGAAAGGGUUAAAUGUAGUUAUCUUCCAUGUUACAAGUACAUAAUACAUUUAUGUAUU